AUGCCAACCGUGAGCGGGAAGCCGUUCGGUCUCUAUAGCGACUUCCCGCGAGAUUUUUCACUCCCCCCACCCCCCGCGAGGUUUCGUUACACUCUCCUUCCCACCUCAGACCCUCCCAGAGCGUGUGACGCCGGCCGUGACGUCAGGGGGCUGACCUGUCAAAUUUGUAUUAAAUGCAUCAAUAUUUUAAUAUAGCUAUAUCUAUAUACGUAUAAAAAUCAGUUUCUCGUUAUUCCUCCGCUGUUUGUUAUAUUCUAUUGGAUCUUGUUGCUAGGUGACCGAUUCCGCCUGUCCGAUUAUCCGCGGGAGGGGCUCGGCUCCUUUCCCCUUUUCGUUACAUUUGGAUAUUUUAUAUUUUAAACCUAUGUUCAAAAGCAUUCUAUACACACGCACCACAUAUACGGUAUACUGUAUAUACUUCUCUAUUUUUUGGAGGGGGGGAUGCUGAGGAAAGCAUGACGUGACAACCCCCCCUUUCCGCUAACUAACGGAAAACAAGAUGGCGGCGCGAGAGGGUUUCCCCCCCUCCUUUUUCCUCUCUUCGUUUUUUUCCCCUCCUUUCAAACCUGUGGGAAGCCGGCCCCUUUUUUCAUUCCCCAGCGUGCUUUGCGCGUUUCUAACGAAUUUCGUUACGAGUUUGCCGUUUGGGCGCCAUUUUCGAGUGUAGAAGCCGCCAAGGCUGCAGGCAGGAAAAGGGAGCUUUCUGCAGCUCGCGCCGCUGCUACGUUGGGAGCGCCGUCGGCCCUCGCUCCAGGUUGCCUGUUCUGGGCCGUGGAUGGGGACGACGUACUCUGACUCUGCCUGGUAAGAAGACCUUUUUUGGGGGAAGAACUGUUCUUGCUUUUAGGUUUUUGGGGGAAGAGAGUUUUGAGAAGCUUCCCUCCCUGCAGUUAAGAAUGGUGGGUGAAACUUUCAGUAAGGUUCAUGGACUUGGCUGGUGCUUACUGGUACUUAGGAAACUUGUUCGCUUAAAAAAAUUUUUUUUUCUUCAAUAUUAAAAAUAAAACUCCCGCAAACUAUUCUAUGAGGAAAAAGGCGGCAGCCUUCUCUCUCCCCCUCCCCUCCCCAAACCGGCCGCUUUUUCCUUCUCCCCCGCUUUCCCCCCUACCCGCCUCCGUGGGGGUGGGGUGAAAAGCUAUAUUUGCUGGCGAUUUCCGUUGCUAUCGCUAAAAGCAAGUUAGUCUCCUUCCAUUCGCUCCUUGCAUUUUUUUAAAUUUUUUAAAAAAAAUUUUGCUGAUUUUGGUAUAGGCUGUCAGAGACUAUAAUUAUAAUUUUCUUUAAAAAUAGGUUAUUUCCCCCCACCGUGAUUUUUAUAGUCGCCUGAAGGAUUUAAUUCUUAGCCGUUGGAGCGGUGAAGUAGAUAUUUCCCCUUCCCCCCUCCCGCGAAAAAAAUGACUUCAACUGGUUGCUCUCGGUAAAAAGGCACGUACGCAUCGGAGUCUAAGGGGAGGGAGGGCUGGAUGAUUCCAAUGCAUUCUUAAAGAGCAUGCAUGCCAAACUAUUUAUUUUUAAAACUUUUGCGUUCGGUUCACAGCAAAGUUUUUUUUUUAAUUUUCAUUUCGCGGCCCUGACCUGAUGAGUGAUAUUUGGCAGUAGUAGGUCUGUAAGUGCUUUUAGUAAAGCACCACUAAUUAGACCCCCUUGAUUGGAAGCAAGCUACGAAGGGGUGGGGUGCGGGGAGGAGGUGAUGGAUUUAUGAAGGGUAAAAAGCCCGAUUCAUUUAUUAGGGCGCUUAAUUUCCCACAAUACUUGUGAGAUAACGUGCAUAAAUUAAAACAGCCGUUGCUUUGCAAACCUAUUAACGUUUGAAAGCCAACGUCACUUCUUUCAGUCGGAUUCCUUUGGACUCCUGGAGGCUAUAAAUGUCAGUGAAGUAUAUUACAGUAUCUUUCCUGAGUAUGCUAUUGGCUUAAAGACAACGUUAAUAAGCCUAUUUAAUUAUUGGGUGUGGGUAAAAUUAAUACAAAACAGUCCUCAUCCUAUAUGCAUGGGCUGAGAUUUUUUAUUUGAUGUCAGUUAUUUGAAGAGGUCUUUUGAACAUGAUUUUAAUAAACCUUGAUUAUGAGAAACAAAUUAACAUCUCCCCUUUCAGUCGUCCCCCCCUUAUGUUAUAUACUUAAAUAUGGGCUUUCUUGAAUUACUCUCUAGUCAGGUACCAGUAAAAAAAAGGUUGUCCUCAUUUCAAGUUUUACAGUUAUCUUCAUUGGAAUAAAAGAAUGAGAACACAUCUUGUUAAGGACUUUAUUAAAUUAUUUAAGCAAUACUAGACUAAUUCUUGAGUCUUGAACCUGAACAGAAUCCUUUAAAAAUAAUUCAAAUAAAGGGCUGGAGAUUACACUUCUUUAUUGUAAAGUGAUUUCUGCAUUUAAGGAGAUUACACCUAUUAAUUCUGGUUAAUAAAAUAGGCAAUAUUUUUGUUUUCUGUUAAAUUAGUUAACUUUUCAAUAUAUUGAGUUAAUAUGAGUUGUAAAUUGUCAGUUACAGUGAAGAAUGGGAUGAGAGGUACUACACACUUGUCAUAAUAGCUUGCCAAAUUGCAAAAUUAACCCACAUUUUAGAUUAAUAUUAGGCACUGGACGCACAACUUUAUCAUUUUUUUAAAGUAAUAUUUAGGUCAUUGGGAUUUUUUUGUUUGCAUUAACAAAGACGAUAACGGCUUCUGUAGUUUGGUUGUUUGGAAUCGGAACAGCUAA